AUGGAUCCAAAUGACUACGUGAAUCCAUAUCGUCCCACCUCUGGCUAUUUGAAUAUGUUACAAAGUCAACUUGAUACCCAAAACCUCGAAUACACUCCUUCUCUAAGUCCAUGUUAUGAAGCUCCAUCUGAACCUGAAUCCCCUCAAGAAAACCGCAAGUCAAGGCAUGCAUGGUUACCAACUGAUGAUAUCAUGCUUGUCUCCGCUUGGCUCAACACGAGCAAGGAUCCGGUGACUUCAAAUGAGCAAAGACGUGGUGCGUUUUGGGGAAGGAUUGCAGAUUACUUUGCAUCCUGUCCAAAUGCAAAAGGUCGACCAAAGAGGGAGCCGAGUCAUUGUAAGCAGAGGUGGGGGAGGAUAAACGACUUGGUGUGCAAGUUCGUUGGUUGUUACGAGACUGCCACAAGAGAGAAGACUAGUGGACAGAAUGAAGAUGAUGUGAUCAAGUUAGCACAUCAGAUAUACCUUAAUGAUCAUGGACAUAAGUUUACCUUGGAGCAUGCAUGGCGAGACUUAAGAUACGAUCAAAAAUGGUGUGCUUCCACAUCUAUUAAAGGAAAUGGUGUGAAAAGGGGAAGAGCUGCCAAGGGGAAGUCCAAAAAAAGCUCUAACAGCCAACCAGAUGUGGAGGAAGAUGACAAAGCUUACUUGGAGUUUCAGUUGGAGCGUGGGUCGAAGAUGUAUGAGAUGAAGCAGAAGGACAUCAAAUUGAAAGAGAAGGAGUUCGCUAUGAAGAAGGAGCAUAUCAAGCAUGUGAUGCUUGAAAAUCUGAUUGCUAAAAAGGAUUCACUAACUGAAUCAGAAAUAGCUCUUAAGGAGAAGCUAAUUGAUGACAUGAUGUCAUGA